CCGGCGUGCGCCCCCGCCUCUCCCGAAGCGCCGGUCCCACGCCGCCCCUCCUUUCCCUUUCCGCUCUCUCCGCCUCCGGAAGCGCGGGCGCGCGGCGCCGGGAGCCCGUUCAGAGCCGCGGGAGUGCGCCAGCGCCGCGCGUGGGGCUGUGGUGGCCGCGGCUCUCAGGUGAGGGGCGCGCGAGCGGCUCCUGGCUCCCUGCUCGCGGGGCGCCCGCCACGCUCCUUUCCGUUCGCAUCCGUUUCCCCGCUCCGGAGCCCAGGCGGCGGCGAGUACUCGGGGUGGGUUUAACGAAGCCUGCGCCGACGGUGGGGGACCGCGCCCCCACGACAGGGGCGCCCGCGGCGGCGGGUCGCGGCGCCGCCCCACCCCGGUCCCCGAUAUAUUUUUGCCAUCAUGGAUCAGUUUGGAGAUAUAUUAGAAGGUGAAGUGGACCAUUCUUUCUUUGACAGUGACUUUGAAGAAGGAAAGAAAUGUGAAACUCACUCAGUUUUUGACAAGCAAAAUGAUGACCCAAAGGAAAGAAUAGAUAAAGAUACAAAAAAUGUAAAUUCGAACACUGGAAUGCAAACAGCAGAAAAUUAUCUUACUGAGAAAGGAAAUGAAAGAAACAUGAAAUUUCCCCCAGAACACCCUGUAGAGAAUGAUGUUACACAAACUGUAAGUUCUUUCUCAUUGCCAGCCUCUUCAAGAUCAAAAAAAUUGUGUGAUGUUACAACAGGACUUAAAAUACACGUAUCCAUUCCAAAUAGAAUUCCCAAAAUUGUAAAAGAAGGUGAAGAUGAUUACUACACAGAUGGAGAGGAAAGCAGUGAUGAUGGGAAGAAGUACCAUGUGAAGUCCAAGUCCGCUAAACCAUCUACUAACGUUAAAAAAAGCAUAAGGAAAAAGUAUUGCAAAGUUAGCCCCUCUUCCUCCUCCUCUUUAUCUUCCUCAUCUUCAGGUUCAGGUACAGAUGGUUUAGAUGCAGGGUCUGAUAGCCAUCUAUCUGAUUCGUCUCCAUCAUCCAAGAAACAUGCAUCUGGUAUAACCCUCCUGUCACCAAAACAGAAGUAUCAAUCAGGAAUAAAAUCGACAGAAGCACAGCCUUCAAGUACUACACCAAAAUGUGGCCACUACCCUGAGGAGUCUGAAGAUACUGUGACUGACGUAAGUCCCUUAUCAACUCCAGACAUUAGCCCUCUUCAGUCUUUUGAACUGGGCAUAGCAAAUGAUCAAAAAGUGAAAAUUAAAAAGCAAGAAAAUGUGAGCCAAGAAAUAUAUGAAGAUGUUGAGGAUUUGGAAAAUAAUUCAAAAUAUUUGAAAGCAGCCAAAAAAGGGAAAGAAAAACAUGAGCCUGAUGUCUCCUCAAAGUUGUCUUCAGUGUCAGACUCCAGUUUAGACUACAGACAUAAACAGAAAGUCUUACAUGACACAAUGGAUCUGAAUCAUCUCUUGAAAGCUUUUCUGCAAUUAGAUAAAAAAGGACCACAAAAACAUCACUUUGAUCAGCCUUCAGUAGCACCCGGGAAAAACUACUCUUUCACAAGAGAAGAGGUGAGACAGAUCGAUCGGGAAAAUCAGAGGCUUUUGAAAGAACUGUCAAGACAGGCGGAAAAGCCAGGAAGCAAAAGUACAAUUCCUAGAUCGGCUGAUCAUCCCCCAAAGUUAUAUCACAGUGCUCUCAACAGACAGAAGGAACAACAAAGGAUUGAGAGAGAAAACUUGGCUUUAUUGAAAAGGCUUGAGGCCGUGAAACCAACAGUUGGUAUGAAACGCUCAGAACAACUGAUGGACUAUCAUCGCAAUAUGGGCUAUCUCAACUCAUCACCAUUGUCAAGACGGGCCAGAUCCACUCUUGGCCAAUAUAGCCCAUUAAGAGGAGCUUCCAGGACAUCCAGUGCUACGAGUGGUCUCAGUUGUAGGAGUGAGCGAUCAGCCGUUGACCCCUCCAGUGGCCACCCUCGAAGAAGACCUAAACCCCCUAAUGUCCGUACAGCUUGGUUAUAAAACACUUUUUUACUUUAAACAUUGUUCACACAACUUUUCUUGAAGUGCUCGUGCAUAUUCCUAUAAUUCUCUGUGUAAACAUCUAGAAUACUGUUUUAGCAAUUGAAGGUGUACAACAGUGAGUUGUAAUGUAUUGUUAUUCAGUGCAAAAUUAUUGUCAAAAAACGAUUUAAUGUAAAAAGUGUUUCCUGAGGAUGUAUUUAUAUGAGAUGUAUGUGUUCUUAAUAGAGAAAUAGCGGUAUGCAUGUGUAUCUUCUAAUUAUAGAAAUUGAUUCAGUUGUCAUGCUGUCAAAAUAGUAGUGAUAGUAUCAUUGCAUGUCGUACCCAAGAUGGUCACUAUAUAGUUUUCAAUUUGUGUUAUUUUCAUUUCUUUGUAAGUGUUAUACCAUGAGUUCAGCUCCUAAAUUUGGCUGGCUUUGUUUUUCAUUUGCUUUAGAACUUAUGUGGCAUGACAUAGCUCGAUUGUAUGAGAUUUAACACUUAUUAUGAAACAAAUCUUGAAAUUUGUUUUCACUGGUAGAGCUGAUCUAGAUUUGAUGAGCAGGUUGAGAGACGCUGCUAUUGGAGCAAUUCUUGUAAUUAACCAGAGGUAUCUAGUUAUUGUAUAAGUGCACUGAGUUAGAUCUUAAAAGUUUGAUCAAUCAUUCCAAACCAUUUCAAAUAUGAAUAUUAGAAAGUUCAACUUAGAAGCUUCCCUUUUGUGUUUUCAUGCAUUCAGGUAAAGUCCUAUUUAUGACUCUUAGAAAUGAGGUAGGUUUUAGAGCUAGUCUUCUAACUCGUGAAUAGUUUAAGGACCACAUCAGUUGCAAACCAAGUAUUUGUUGAAUCAGUAAAAUGGCACUAUCAGCAUGAAGAGCCGAGAAGCAGAUCCUGAGGUGUGUCGGACAGUGUUUUAGGUAAUUCAGUAUUUAUUAUGUUAUUAGAGAAGACUUAGCGUAAGAAAGAAAUGCUUUAGAAAUUCCAGCAAGUAUUUAUAAGGCCUGAAAAAACUAAAAUUUGAACAAAAAGGGAAAUAAAUCACACAUUUGUUGAGGCUGCUGCUUUAAAUAUUAGCUAAUUUUCUUGUUUUGGUUUACUUUGAUUUAUUUGAUUGAACGCUGGAAGUAUUAUUUUUACCAGUCCCACAUUUAAAGACCUAGUAAUCUUGAUGGAAUUGGUAAUGGCAGAUAGGGUUUAAUGUUGUUGACUUUUCAAAUUAGAAUUUUUUUUCUAUCAAACUUAGGCUUUUAUAUAACAAAGUAUGUUAUCUGAUUGUUACUACCAUUUUUCACUACUAGCCUUUUCAGUAUGCCCUUAAAAUGUAUUGGAAAGGUUCCAUGUUAAAUGACAAAUAUCUUUUUUCAGUAUGAAUUUUUGAUCUGUAGCCACAAUAAGAUUUUCGUUUUUCAGUGCUCAGGCUCUGUAGCAUGUAUGCUGAAUGCUUUUUUCCUUAGCACCUUUAACAGUAAGGUGUUACUGCAUUUUACAAAACAUCAAUUCAACAUGUCUUGGAUUUAGUUUGUAUUCAUAGAUUUUGUUAAGGAUCAGGCCUGUGAACAUGGGCGCAGUGAGGUUAAAUAAUUCACGUGGCCACAACCUGGCUUUGAGGUUCUGCUUUUGGGGGCCAUAAUUUUCAUUCAAUGUUAUUCGAUGCUGUGUUCUGGUGAACAAGUUACUAUACUUGCUGUGUAUAUAAGCUUGAGCUAUACUAAACCAAGGCUUUAUUUUCUUUUGUUUUUUAACUUACUGUACUUUUACUGUUUAUAUAACCUAUAUUUCAAGAGAGAGAAGAUAAUGCUGAAUUUUAAAUUUAGCAUUUGAACAUCUGUCCAAUAGUGAAUUAACCAGUUUUUUUAAAAUUGAUUUUUAAGUUGUUCCAGAAAAAAUAUAUAUAUGUUUUAUAUAUAUAGUCUUUUUAUAUAUAUAAAAAAUCUUUUUUAUAAAUUUUAUUUUAAAAAUCUUUAAAAAAAGAUUUUUUUAUAUAUAUAAAGAUUAUAUAUUUAUAUAUAGUCUUUUCUGUUCGUAAUGGCAUUAGUCUCUGAGUACAUUUUAUAUUAUCUUUGCUGCCACAUGUCAGGAUACAACACAAUAGUUUUAUAAAUAAAAACCGUACUUUGAUUUUAGGUACUAACUUAAUGCUUUAGUUUUUACUACUUUGAAAGGGGAGGUUCAUCUAAGUAUUACUGAUAACAGGGAUCCAACUUAAAGUAAAAGUUGGAAAGGGCAACAGUCUUUUAAGCGGAACUUCAAUUCUGUUGUCAUGGUUACUUAUAUAUAAUGAAUAUAAAUAGACAAAUAGGAGUUGGAAAAUGUGGUAUAUUCUAAGUCAAGAUGCUAUGAAGUUGUUAUAGUUUAAGGGACAUUCUUAAGAAGGAAUUAGUUAAGUAUAUUACUCUUCUCGUUUUCAAGGACAUGAAAAAGUAAAGGAUGGCCCGGCACUAUUUUAUUUUAUUUUUUUUUUGACUUGUACUGAAUAUAUGUACUUUGAAGAUUUACAUCUAUAACUAGAAAGUAUGCUAAUCCGAGAUCUGGUUAUUAGGCCAGAUUCUUGUUCAGUUAUUUUUUAAACUAAUGUUGCCUCCUUUUUAGUAAGAUUCUACGAAAGUUUUUUAACCAUUAAAGUUAUUUCUUAAGGGGUAGCUCUUAUACUUCCUCUACUCUCUUUUUCAGUUUCCAUAAAAAGCUGUUUUCUUAGCUAUUACUCCAAAUAAAGUUCUUUGGUUUGCUUAAAAAUGUAGUGUAAUGCAGUUGUUUUCUCCCCGCUAACCCGAGUGUCCACAGUAGAUAUCGAGACAGCUUUAGGAAGGUGACGGUCAUGGGUAAGUGACGGCUGUGCCUGUCAUCUUCAGAUUCUUCAAAUACUGCAAACUAUGAAACAUGUUAAGACCAAUAUAAACCCAAAGAUGUGAGUUGAUUAUACUUUAAUAAUUACAUUCAUAAAAAGUUUACUAUCUUCAAUGCCAAAAAAGUCUUAACCUAUAAAUGAUUAUAUACAAUCUUAGAAAAUGUGCUUAACAGUUAUAGCUUCUUUAUUUCUAUGAGGAAAGAUUAGUAAGAAACUUAAAAUUAACAUCCUUUUAAGAUUUUCUGUUCCAUUUUAAUGUAUUUUAGGCAUUUAGAACUAGCCUGGCAUAAUGAAGAAAGAAAUAAAAGAAUUAAAGAUAACUGAGUUUUGAUCCUAUGUUUAUCUCUAAAAUGGGCUGUCUUGUUCCAAUUUUCAAAAUUAGAAUAAUUUUUACGUGCCUUACAAGACCAAGAAUUAGUAGGAAUAAAGUUGGAAGGAUGAUGUCAGUUAUUUCUGUCUUUGAAAGUAUUUACAUGGAAAAGAGUUUGCUUAAAAUUAUAUUCUUCAUCAGAAUUUCUUUAAACUACAUCAUCUAAUUGCUUCUAUAAAAUUGUUAUGGUACUACAAUACAGUGGACACUCUUACAGCUUAAAGAAAUGGGCUUUUUGUUGAUGUUGUUGUUGUUUGUAUUUUUGAGAUGGAGUCUGGCUCUGUCACCCAGGCUGGAGUGCAGUGGCAUGAUCUUGGCUCACUGCAACCUCCGCUUCCCAGGUUCAAGCGAUUCUCCUGCCUCAGCCUCCUGAGUAGCUGGGACUUCAGGCACACGCCAUCAUGCCCAGCUAAUUUUUUGUAUUUCUAGUAGCGAUGGGGUUUCGCCAUGUUGGCCAGGCUGGUCUCGAACUCCUGACCUCAAGUGAUCCGCCUGCCUCAGCCUCCCAGGUUUACAGGUUUACAGGAUUACAGGUGUGAGCCACCGCGCCCGGCCAGGAAAUAUUUUUUAAAAGGAGUCAUGUACGUCAUGUACAUUGAUGUACAUGAAAUGUACGUCAACAUUUCAUAUGUAUUCUAUAUAAUAAACACACUAAAGCUUGCUGCAAAACAUCAGUUUAGGAAUUUUUUAUGAGGGUUUAAUAAAACUAGCGCCAUUGGAAUAAAUUCCCGAGUAGCCCCUGCAGUAGCGUAUCUGAGCUCUCAACAGCAAAGGGCAAGAAUGCUAGAGCAAAUAGGAUUGUGUUAUGGCAGAAAAUUUUAUUUGAUUUUUCAGUUCUGGUGAUGGAAUUUUAAUUCAUUUUAAUUCAUUUACAGAUAUCUCUGGAGCCACCAUAAUAGACUCUUAAGAUUCUGGUAAAUCCAGAUGGAGUCUUGCUCUGUCGCCAGGCCGGAGUGCAGUGCUGCGAUCUCAGCUCACUGCAACCUCCACCUCCCAGGUUCAAGCGAUUCUCUUGCCUCAGCCUCCUGAGUUGCUGGGACUGCAGGCGCCCGCCACCAUGCCCAGCUAGUUUUUGUAUUUUUAGUAGAGAUGGGGUUUCACCAUGUUGGCCAGGAUGGUCUCGAUCUCCUGACCUUGUGAUCCACCCGCCUCCUGACCUUGUGAUCCGCCCUCCUCGGCCUCCCAAAGUGCUGGGAUUACAGGUGUGAGCCAUCGCACCCGGCCUGAUUAACAUUUUUCUUCCAUGUCUGUAUCAUGUCCUGUCUGUUCUUCAAAACACAUUACUUAUUUUCACUGCCAUCAUUCUAAUCCAUGCCUUCAUCACAUCACAUUUGCAUUACUAAAAUAAGCUUUUAGCUAGAAAAAGCUGAUGAAACACUGACUUAAGAUUAUAUGUUAUGUGGUUUGUUACUUAAGUCACGUCUCACAUAUUUUUAGUCUGUUUUACUUUCCUAAUAAAAGAAAGCCCCUGAGAGCAAGGAC